AUGAAUGGCCACGUCACGAACGGCGACGCCCCUCGCACGCACACGACGCCCACUGCGAAUGCGAACGGCGGCGCGGACGACGAACGCUCGACACCAUCGACAUUUCUCGGCCCCAUCGACACCAUCGGACCCCAUCGACACUCGGCCCCAUCGUACAUCACCAAAACUCCACGCAACGCUCCCACCCCAGCGCACGCACGCGCGACUUUCCCCCCGGUAUUCAAACCUCCGUUCUCCACACUCCACGGGCCCCCACGUCAAAAUGGCAUCGCAUUUUUCUCUGCCGUCGUCAACUCGCUCAUUCGAGACGUCUUUCCGUCGUCCAUUCCAUCGCCCAUUGUCCAUACGCCACGGGCCCCAUAA